CAUAAAGACAUGGAUGAGCGAGUUUGGUGUGGAAGAACUUGACUGGCCUGCACAGAGUCCUGACCUCAACCCGAUAGAGCACCUUUGGGAUGAAUUAGAGCGAAGACUGCGAGCCAGGCCUUCUCGUCCAACAUCAGUGUCUGACCUCACAAAUGCGCUUCUGGAAGAAUGGUCAAAAAUUCCCAUAAACACACUCCUAAACCUUGUGGAAAGCCUUCCCAGAAGAGUUGAAGCUGUUAUAGCUGCAAAGGGUGGGCCGACGUCAUAUUAAACCCUAUGGAUUAAGAAUGGGAUGUCACUUAAGUUCAUAUGCGUCUAAAGGCAGAUGAGCGAAUACUUUUGGCAAUAUAGUGUAUUUUCUCUGUUCAAGCUUUCAUUACGGAUUUUUGGUUGGCUGUAAAGUGUGUACAUACAAUGAUGAGAAAUGUUUGAAUAAAUGUUUUGUUGAAAGUAUAGUGUGUGCCAUGACUUUUGGACAUCAGUACUAUUCAGCUGCCUACAUAUACAGUCUUAGCAAUUGGACAAUAUUACAUAGUGGGUAACUAUCACACUUUCAGAGUACACUGUCAUUUGACGAGAUGUCUUUGCAUUUUGACUGUCUUGGUCUAAGCCAUGAUAAAGGAACCUUUUGUUCUGAUGACAAUGAUUUAUUCAUUGAUGGAUUUAUUUACAUUUGAAACAUGAGGUAAUUCUUUUGAUUGAGUAAUCACCAUUUGCAGGUCACAGAGCGGUGUGCUGAAUGUACCACGUGAUGUGAGGAUUGUACUUGUAAGUUUGUUUCAGUAAAUGUGCCAAAUCGAUUGAGGAAAAACUGUAAAUGAGGACUACGAAGUCUUGCGGUUAAAGCGGGUGAAUUCAAGAACUUCCAGACACAAUCGAGGUAAACCAGCCAAGUGCGUGAUAUAAUCCCCCAAUUUCUUUUGCAACAAAAGAAAAUCCCCACACUCAGUGUUUCAUCCGACACGCCCACUCCCUCGUUGGGUGUGACUAAGGACCACUAUUCAUCCCAGUGCCAAAUUCCAGUGUCCAAUCCCCUUCCCUAAUGCUGCACUUCUCCCGUGAAUCGUUUAAAAGCCGCUGCGCUCCACACAUCCAGCACGCAUUCGCUUCUGUCUUCAAGCGGUGUCUCACCUCAGCUGCAGUAAACGCAUAACUUUAGAGAUGGCACUUCAGAGCACUGUUCUUCACCUGGGCCGCAAGAGUCUGCUCCAGAAGACUUGCAAGCAGUUUUUCCAGCAAGCCCAAGGGCUGCACAAGUCCGUGGCGAGCGGCUCUCUGGAGAUCGCGGCGCACAGUCCGGCGGCUCUCAAGGAGGAGAACAUGGAGGAGGCGCAGAAGGUGGAGAGAGUAAAGACCCUCCAGGAGAUGCCCGGACCCAGCACUAUCUCCAACCUCAUGGAGUUCUUCUACCGGGAUGGCUUCAGCCGCAUCCAUGAGAUCCAGAUGGAGCACUCUCAGAAGUAUGGCAAGAUCUUCAAGUCUCGAUUUGGACCUCAGCUGGUGGUGUCUAUCGCUGACAGAGACAUGGUGGCUCAGGUUCUUAGGGCUGAAGGUGUGGCUCCUCAGAGAGGCAACAUGGAGUCCUGGAAGGAGUACAGAGACUUGAGGGGGAGAUCCACUGGACUCAUUUCAGCCGAGGGUGACGAGUGGUUGAAGAUGCGCAGUGUUCUUCGUCAGCUCGUCAUGCGCCCAAAAGACGUGGCCGUUUUCUCCCCUGAUGUUAACGCUGUGGUGGCUGACCUGGUGGACAGAGUCAUGACACUUCGAAGCCAACAGACAGAUGGCCGUACUGUCCUCAACAUCAAUGACCUGUUCUUCAAAUAUGCCAUGGAAGGUGUCGCAACCAUUUUGUACGAGACCCGCCUGGGCUGCUUGGAAGACAAAAUUCCCAAGAUGAGUCAGGAGUACAUUGCUGCACUGCACCUCAUGUUCAGCUCUUUUAAGACCACCAUGUAUGCCGGUGCCAUUCCCAAAUGGCUGCGUCCUAUCAUUCCCAAACCCUGGGAGGAAUUCUGCAGCUCAUGGGAUGGCCUCUUUAAAUUCAGCCAGAUCCAUGUGGACAAGAGGCUUUCAGAGAUCAAAAAGAAGAUGGAGAAAGGUGAAGCGAUUAAGGGAGGGUUGUUGACUCACAUGCUCGUCACCAGAGAGAUGAAUUUGGAGGAGAUCUAUGCAAACAUGACAGAAAUGCUCCUGGCUGGGGUGGACACGACCUCUUUCACACUGUCAUGGAGCACAUACCUUCUGGCAAGACAUCCCAUGGUACAGCAGGAGAUCUUUGAGGAAGUGGACCGUGUGCUGGGUGGGCGGGUCCCAACUGGAGAGGAUGUUGCUAAUUUACCCCUGAUUAGAGGGCUUGUCAAAGAGACCCUCAGGCUUUUCCCUGUUCUCCCUGGAAACGGCCGUGUUACACAGGAUGAUCUGAUCAUUGGAGGUUAUUUCAUUCCUAAAGGGACUCAGCUGGCUCUGUGUCAUUACUCAACCUCCAUGGAUGAGGAGAACUUCCCCCGCGCUGAUGAGUUCCGUCCGGACCGCUGGAUCCGCAAGGAUGCCUCUGACCGCGUCGAUAACUUUGGCUCCAUCCCGUUUGGCUAUGGUAUCCGCAGCUGCAUCGGGAGAAGAAUAGCCGAAUUGGAGAUGCAUCUGGCUCUUACACAGCUCCUUCAGAAGUUCUGCAUCGAGGUGUCUCCCCAGACCACUGAUGUGCGUGCUAAAACUCAUGGCCUCCUCUGUCCGGGAGCACACAUCAACCUGAGAUUUGUGGACCGAAUGUAGACUGCCAUUACACUGUGUAAAUACAGUAUAAACCUUAAUCCACCUUGUGCUUUUAGAAGUCCAAAGAUGGAUAGUUUCAUUAUGUACAAUAGUGCCUUUUGCUUUGUGUCUUUUUUAAAUAGAGGUUUUUUUUUUUUUAUUAUUAAUAAUUAUUGCUGCUUUGUAAGAAUGUACAUAUCCAAACAGAAGACCAAAUGUUUUGAAAAUGUUUCGAACUGGCGCUCUUUUCUGAUGUCCAAUCAAUACCGAUUAUUUUUAGAAUUGUGUUUGAAAAUGCUAAUCUUUUAAAAAAAAAAAAAAAAAAAUUCAAUUACAUUUCUUCUUAGCUUGAAAUAUGAAUUGACAUGAAAUAUGGUCAAGAAGACUUUGUAUAUAGAGGUUUUACUGUUGCAUUAGCUUUAGUGAUAAGCUCAUUAUUUAUUUAACAUGGCUACUUACACCUACUCGUACACAUGCAAGUAUGCUCAUAUGCGCUUAAUGACUUCUAGCUUACAAGUAAGACUUUCUUAAGCAAACAUCAGUAAGUAAAUCCUACCACAGCUGCAAAGCUACUUCAGAGAAUUAGGAGUUGUGUUCAUAUCCUGUCCUGUGGACACUAAUGUCAUAAAAUAUUGUGCACAUGAAACACUUCUUAUCAGAAAGAUGUCCAUCUUGAUUUCAGAGUGACUGUGUUUUUCUUAUGAAUAUUAAAUAUCAUGUCAUUGUCGUAUAAGAGCAGUGAUUUUGUAAGUGGUUCCUCUGAGGAAAACAUUUAAAUGCAAACUACAAAUGUGUGCUUCUUUGUUAGUGCACUUGCCUUGUAAGCAAAAGAUGGAUAUUGAGACAAGUUGAGAAUGAACUACUUGAAGAUAAAAUUAAGGUAGUUUUUGGGGGUCAAAUUUGAAAGGGUUUGAUAUGUUGACACUGUUGAAUGAGUUACUGAAUUUUGUAAGAGAACAAAUAAAUGAAUGAAUUGCAUUU